CCACAACCUUGGCAUAUCGGGGUGACGUGCUAACCAAGUGAGCUGCCUGGCCAGGGCUGAUAGGUGGGUUUUUAAGCCUCACUCUCACCUGGCUUUUUGCUCUUGCAGGCUUAUUUGUCACCAUGAAGCUGCUACACCCAGCCUUCCCUAGCUGCUUCCUGCUGACCCUGCUCAGCUUAUGGACAGCUGCUUCUGAGACUCACUCGGGGUCCACGGCAACGCCAGCCAUCAGUGCAGCCUCUUUCCUGCAGGAUCUCAUGCAUCGCUAUGGGGAGGGUGACAGCCUCACCCUGCAGCAGCUGAAGGCCCUGCUCAACCACCUGGAUGUGGGAGUGGGCCGGAACAAUGUCACCCAGCCCCUACAGGGACAGAGAAACCUGUCCACGUGCUUCAGUUCUGGAGCCCUCUUUGCUGCCCACAACUUCAGCAACCAGUCCCGGAUCGGGCCGAGUGAGUUCCAGGACUUCUGCCCCACCAUCCUCCAGCAGCUGGAUUCCCGGGCCUGCUCCUCCGAGAACCAGGAGAAUGAAGAGGAUGAACAGACAGAAGAGGGGAGGCCGAGCACGGUGGAAGUGUGGGGAUAUGGUCUUCUCUGCGUGACCAUCAUCUCCCUCUGCUCCCUCAUGGGGGCCAGUGUGGUACCCUUCAUGAAGAAGACCUUUUACAAGAGGCUGCUGCUCUACUUCAUAGCUCUGGCGAUUGGCACCCUCUACUCCAACGCCCUCUUCCAGCUCAUCCCUGAGGCCUUUGGUUUCAGACCUAUGGAGGAUUGUUACGUCUACAAGUCCGCAGUGGUGUUUGGGGGUUUCUAUCUUUUCUUUUUCACAGAGAAGAUCUUGAAAAUGCUCCUUAAGCAGAAAAACGAGCAUCAUCACGGACAUAGCCAUUAUGCCUCCGAGACGCUUCCUUCCAAGAAGGACCAGGAGGAGGGGGUGACGGAGAAGCUGCAGAAUGGGGACCUGGACCACAUGAUUCCUCAGCACUGCAGCAGCGAGCUGGACGGCAAGGUCCCCGUGAUGGACGAGAAGGUCAUCGUGGGCUCACUCUCUGUCCAGGACCUGCAAGCUUCCCAAAGUGCCUGCUACUGGCUGAAAGGCAUCCGCUACUCUGAUAUUGGCACUCUGGCCUGGAUGAUAACCCUGAGCGAUGGCCUCCACAAUUUCAUCGACGGCCUGGCCAUCGGAGCCUCCUUCACUGUGUCGGUUUUCCAAGGCAUCAGCACCUCGGUGGCCAUUCUCUGUGAGGAGUUCCCACACGAGCUAGGAGACUUUGUCAUCCUGCUCAAUGCUGGCAUGAGCAUCCAGCAAGCACUCUUCUUCAACUUCCUUUCUGCCUGCUGCUGUUACGUGGGUCUGGCCUUUGGCAUCCUGGCCGGCAGCCACUUCUCUGCCAAUUGGAUCUUUGCCCUGGCUGGAGGAAUGUUCUUGUAUAUUUCUCUGGCUGAUAUGUUCCCUGAGAUGAAUGAAGUCUCCCGGGAAGAUGAAAGGAAGGGCAGCAUGUUGGUCCCCUUUGUCAUCCAGAACCUGGGCCUCUUGACUGGCUUUGCCAUCAUGCUGCUGCUCACCAUGUAUUCAGGACAGAUCCAGAUUGGAUAGGGCCCUGCAGGAGUCAGAGGAACUGGAGGUGUAGGGCCCUUGGCUGCCUGAAUCCCUGGCCCUUGGACCCGGCACCCACGAAGCACCUCGGGAGUGGCGGUUCUGUGAGAAACUGUGACACGGACUGUAUUCCUGCGCUAAAAUGUCAGCUGUUUUUAAAAUGCUCUGUGCUGGUAAUAAGCUGCCUGGUAACGGUCUCUAGGUAGCACCUCUCUCCCUUUACUCUCCCUCCUUCUCAGAGUGACUCUGGAACCUGAAUGGAGUUUAGCAGACAAGCUUAAUUUUUUUCUCUGGUUACCCUGGCCCCUUUCUCUUUGAACCAGUGCUGAGAGAUUUGGGACCCUUUGCCCCACAAUGCAAAAAUGCAGGCAGCAGUCCUAACCUGGUUAGAAAUAUCAGGAGGUGAAUCUAUAGUUUAAGGCCUAUGAAUCUAAAUGUGUAUCCUGGACCUUAAGUGGAUUCGCCUGUAUUUUACAGAAAAGGUACAAGAGACAGGAGUUCCACCCAUUUUUCCAGUCAGUUCAGUUGCCUCGUCUCUCAAAGAGAACACAGAAUUGGAACAGAAGAGUAGGGCAAAGGGGAGGCGAGGUCAUCCUGAGUGAGAGGGGAGGUAGAACCCUUGGUGUGUGUCCUGCCCGGACAGUUGCUCGUGCCCACGGGAAGCUGGAUGUUGAUUUAUGGCUGGAUAUGGUGUUUCCUGGCCGUCUGGGAGAGCUAGCAUGUAGGUUCAGUUGCCUGGACCUCCCCUUCUUUCAGAACAAGUACAGAGGGCAGAGAAGGGAAAUCAACUGGUUUUGUUGUGAUUCCCACCUCUCUUUCUCAAUUCCUUCUUCUGAGACUUUUGAGCUGCCUCCCUAGAAGUACAUUCUGAGCACAUUCACGAUGCUGGUAUUAGUGGGGAGACUGCACAAACUUUCCUCCCCUGGCCCACACGCCUGCUAUAAAGUGGCAAGUUGACUUGCGGAGUCAGAGUACAACUUGUGCUCUUUUUGACAAGGGUACCAGGAAAGGAGUGAAUGCAGACACCAUUUAGGAUUUGCUAAUUGCACAAAUAAGUACGAACAGUAGAACCCUGAGGUGUAACGUCCAGAACUUUGGUUGGGCUCUGCAGAUGUGUGCAGAAUAGACGACCUACUGAUUACUCUUGAAUGGGUUUCAAAUGGCACUGUCUAGGUCACCCUCCCUCGCCCCAAACAAGAAAGGGCGAAUCCUGUAUUGAAUAUUAAUUGCUCUAACUCUCUUCAGAAAGUGGAUCGAUAGACUUGUCUGUGAGACUGUAGGCCAGCCUCUUCGGCACUGUGGAGCCCUCUUCUCAGAACUCUGGCUUCAAGGGGAGCUCAUCUCCAGGUUCACUAGGUGAAUUGAUUUAUUAUUAUCAUAUUGAUAAUGUGAGAUUCUCUAGCCACUUUGGGGAGCCAGUCUCUCCAGAAGCCUUUCUUAGUGGUGCCCACAGUUGCAGCCCAGGGGUUGUGUUCGAAAACUGAUUUGUGUGUGUGACUGACAGGGGCUGGUUCAUUGCCAGCACCUGUGGGUUUUUUCUCUCAUACCCAGAAAAACUUUCCACUAUACAGUAAUUAAAAGCAGACUCUAUUUUGUUUUCUUUUUUUCCUUAGGAAACAUCCCUCAAACUAGGAAUCCUCUUGAAAAGAACAUGAGCAGGAAAACUGCUGGUGAUGCUUUAUACUUUUUCUCCUUCUUUAGCCGGGUGACUGACAGAUUUGAGAAUGGGCUGAAGAAGGAAAACAGUUACCCAGAUUCUAGAUUAAAUAUCAGGACUGUCUCCUGAUAGGAUUAUGGUCCAGUUUUACCAAAGAAGCAAUUCCUUGAAUGUGGGAAUCUAACUUUUUAUAUCGUUGUUAUUGUUACUGAUUCUUUGUCUUCUCUGUUUUAUUUUUCUCAACUUGCUUUCAGGAGCUAGCAGAAAAUAA